CUCCUUGAUAUAAAGGAGACACUUCGGUUACCGAGCUGCUUCGUGCUGGCCGCUCUCCCCACAGCCGCUUUCCAACUUUCAGCGAGAGCACUUCACAAAAGAAACCUUCCCUCUCAAAUUCAUCAGCUUUAACGGAUUUAAAGGGCUACUCCCUUGCAGGGAACACUCAAGUGCAUCAGGGCAAACCUCUCUGAAAGUCGGAUCGCAGGAAGCAAGAUUUAAUUAUCCAGAAAUAAAAUGAAGGUUCUUGUGUUGCUGAUUGCCAGUCUGAAUCUCAUCUGUGCAUACAUACCAGGCAAAAUACCCGCUGGACUCAAGAAAAAGCGAAUCUAUAACCAGAUACGCCUCCCACCACCAGAGCAUGAAAUGAACCCUAUGUUUUGGAGGAACCAAGCCCAGGAAACACUGAAACGGGCUCUCAGUUUACAAAAGCUCAACACUGGCGUGGCAAAAAAUUUAAUUCUUUUCCUAGGGGAUGGGAUGGGAAUCCCCACAGUGACAGCCGCUCGAAUUCUGAAAGGCCAGUUGGAAAACAAGAAUGGAGAGGAAGGGUUCUUGGAAAUGGACAAGUUCCCACAUAUAGCUCUUGCAAAGACCUACAACACCAACGCCCAGGUACCAGACAGUGCGGGCACAGCGACAGCCUACCUGUGUGGUGUUAAGGCGAAUCAAGGCACCGUGGGCGUGAGUGCAGCCUCCGUGCGCAGACAGUGUAACACCACCUUUGGCAAUGAAGUGACGUCCAUUCUGAGAUGGGCUGAAGAUGCAGGUAAAUCCACGGGCAUUGUUACCACCACCCGGGUGCAGCAUGCCACGCCCAGUGCUGCCUAUGCACAUUCUGUCAACCGGGACUGGUACUCGGACUUUGAGAUGCCGAUGGAAGCACUGGAGCAGGGCUGCAAGGACAUCGCUCAACAGCUCAUCUACAACAUUCCUGGUAUCGAGGUCAUAAUGGGUGGCGGCAGAAAAUAUAUGUUCCCAAGAGACACCCCUGAUGUUGAACAUCCGGAUGAGUGGAAAGCUAAUGGCUCCCGGCUUGAUGGGAAGAACUUGGUGGAAGAAUGGAAACAUAUUAAAAGGGGCAAGAGAGCUCAUUAUGUCUGGAACAGGGAGCAGCUGAAAAAACUCGACCUGAACAAAGUGGACCACCUAAUGGGACUUUUUGAACAUGGUGACCUGCAGUAUGAGCUGGAAAGAAAUAAAACUUCUGACCCCUCGCUCGAAGAGAUGGUAACAGUAGCUAUUAGGAUUUUGAGCAGGAAUCCAAAAGGCUUCUUCUUACUAGUGGAAGGUGGCAGGAUAGACCAUGGGCAUCAUGAAGGGAAAGCCAGGUUGGCUCUAUACGAAGCAGUGGAAAUGGACAAAGCCAUUGGGAGGGCUGGCACAUUGACGAGAGACACUGACACUUUAACAGUCAUUACUGCUGACCAUUCUCACGUUUUUACCUUUGGCGGCUAUACAUUUAGAGGAAGCAAUAUAUUUGGACAAUGGAACUGUUAUUCUUCAACUAACUCCAAGAUUUUCCACCUUACAGGGAAGAGUACACCAGGCCUUGCUCCCUUUUUAAGUGAUGUGGACAACAGGUCAUUCACCUCGAUAUUAUACGGAAAUGGACCUGGCUAUGCAGUACAAAAUGGAGAGAGACCAAAUGUUUCAACUAACGAGAUCCGCGAGAACCAUUACGUGGCGCAGUCGGCCGUGCCCCUGAAUCAGGAGACUCAUGGCGGAGAGGACGUUGCCAUAUUUGCGAAGGGCCCAAUGGCCCACCUCCUCCACGGUGUACACGAACAGAACUACAUACCACAUGUGAUGGCGUAUGCAGCCUGCAUCGGACAGAACAAGGACCACUGUGCUAAUCUCAACACGGUGCCUUGUGACAAUAGUGCAUGGGUUGCUCAGGGCACCAAUGCCAUUUUGUUCGCUCUGCUGGCACUAUUGACCUGCGUCUAGCACCACCUUUCUCUGGGACUUGCUACAGGGUGGAUUGUCCUGUUAGUCAGGAAUCCCGCCCCUCUCUUUUCAAUGCAAUGGUUAUAGUUUCUGAAGUAUUGUGGUCAGAGGGAAGAGUCAUGGGAAGGUUAUGGUGCAUCUAUAUGAAGUACUCAUUAGCCGGGGCUUUGCUGAUGACAGUGCUCCGUGGAGUGAGAUGACCAAUUCCCCCCAUACCCCCACCCCCAUCGUCUUCCCUCACCUCCUUACCUUCCCACACAGCCUUAAAUUGAGACCUAUAAAUAAAGGCACAAACCUUAAACAAAAAAACCACUAGCUAACUACGUAGCAAAAUAAAGUUUUAAAUUUCUAAGUGUGGCCUCACUUGUUGUAGCUGGUUUUCUGGAGAGCUGACUCCAAAGGUUUGCUGGAUCCUGGAUGGAUGAUGUCCAUGUUUAGAAUACUGAGCGACCAGACCCCUGAAGGCAUGGUCUUUGUUAGAGAACGAGGUCCUCCUAAAUUGGCACCAACACUCAAGCAAGCCCCCAAAUUGACCCGAAUCACUGUAUGAAUAAGAGCAACUCAUCGUAAUGAGAUUCCCAAAAUGUUGAAAAAAAGAUCAUAUUUUCUUGCAAUAGUGCUGGACAAUCUCUCCAUUUUCCCAAAUAGAGAUGCUAUUACAUUAACCAUUGUAUUCUUCUCGAGCUUAAAGUGCUUCAAAAUAGUUAGCAAAAGGAUUAGGUGAGGGGUGUGGUGGAGGAAAUAUUAACUGUUGUCUAGUAUGAUUUGGUGUUAUUAUUUUAAUGAGGGAAGCUGUCCCUUGGUGCAAGCCAUUUUUUUUUGGGAUAUGUGUGACUGACCUAGUUACCUUUUUGUUAUGGAGGAGCAAUCUAGGACAAGUAGUCAGAUUAUAGGUACUCCAGGGAAUAAACCUUGACUCCAUCACCCUAAACCCUAACCCAAAACAUAGCGGCAUUUGCGAAGAUGAAUACAAUCCAUUUCCUGUGGAUUGCCAUUUGUUGAGCACUUAAUGGGGAGCAUCAUGAGGGAAUAAUGAUUUGCCUUACUUUGGCUUCAGACGACAAUGAUGCUAGAGUAAGAAUUUUUCAAAUACUGGAUAGGGCAAAAGCUAAGGAAAUUACAUUUACUGAUCUGUUUCAUAAGUCAAACGUUCCUCAGGUAUUGUGAACAGUGCACUAGCUAAACUUUGGGGCUCUUGUACCAAGCCAUUAAGCAUUACUCUUGCAGAAGACCCUUUUUUAACAUUUUUAUGCCUUUUUAAAUAGUCAUAUGAAGCAUCUCUGUAACAAAAAUUAAAACUUUCAAAUGCUAGAAGUCUGAAAUAAAAGCAGGUAACUCUGGAAAAACAGAAGGUCAGGCGGCAUCCACGGGGAGAGAAAUACAGUUGAUAUUUCAGGUAGAAGACAAUGCAUCAGAUCAUUCUCCACAACGUGAAGAAUUAAAUCUAUUAGUCUAUCCAUUAAUGUUGCUGGACCUGUGGAGAAUUUAGAGCAUUUUUAUCUUUUUAUCUCUGUUCCAUAAAUUGGUUCAAUCUCAGAUUAAGUCAAGGGUCUGCAUAUGUUUUUAAUUCUUUACGCCAAUUUCCACUCAUAUGCAUUUAUCAGUGAGGUGGAAUCCAGAUGACUAUUAGUAUUGGGAGCUGUGAGGUAACCUGUGGUUAUAGCUGGGAUUUGGGAGGCUGUGUAAGGGCACCAUUGCUGGGAAUGCAUUCAGUGUGUCAGGUUUGACAGCUAUGAUGUUCUGCUCUGUAUUAUCACAACUCGUGAUUCCCCAAAGGAGCUCGAACACAAUUUUCAAGGUGAAGUUUUUUAGACAGGAGUCCUGAAUAUGUCUACUCUGCUUUAGAACUCAUUUUGGCUUCACCUUUCAACUUUCCCAUUAGGACAUGGGUUACUAGCAGAAGUCAUGGAUUUGAAACGUACAGAGAUGUGGAUAAGGAUACCCUUGCUUGUCAUCCCCUUGAAACAUUAUUGAGGAGUGAAACAUCACAACAUUCAAAACAUUAAAAAUAAAACAUUCUGUAAAUCUGAUAUAAAAUAUCUUUCCGAUUAUGUUCACUUGUGUUAACAAUGUACCAUUCUGAAGUUACAAAAAUCUUUUAUAAAAUAAAAUUUUUUGACUGUUUUAUCAAA